GCUCAGGCCAAUCCGCUAGACCAGGAGCCAAGACGCUGUGAACGAUCCUCAAGUUGGCCCUCGCGUCGUCUCGCCAGCCUCCAGCUGGGCGUUUGGUUUGUGUCAAUAACCGCUGCAAAGGCGCAGGAUUUGCAAGCAAUAGUACCUCGCGCCAUUUUCUUUCCUUUCAUCUGCCGUUGAUCUCUAUUGAACAGGGAUCCUCGUCAUGGAUCUUCCCAAUUCGAAAGCCUCGAGUCUGCUGCACCAGAGUUGCACCAUUGGUCAUCAAAAUCCUCGAACUGCAUCCCAUAGUCCCCGAUGAAAUGGAAGGAAUAUUCUCGUGGGAAACCGUCGCUUCGUGCUUGACGGCUCGCCAUGUCUUGCGCUUAUCUUAAACCCGGCCAGUCCUGACCCCGGGCGAGCCUUUCCGGGGAUGUGCAAAUCAUGAUGAUAAUGGCUUCGCUGCGAUCCCUGGGGCGUGAUGGGGCUCCCAACGCCGACGUGGAUCGAACGGUGCAAACGUGGAAUACCAUCACGCAGUCGCUUUGUAUCGCCGCCAUGACGGUCUUCUUUGCGCUGCGUGCAUACACCCGGCUUUCGCUGCUCAAGGGGUUCUUGAAGGAAGAUUGGACUUGUCUGGGUGCUUAUUUUCUGGGGAUCUGCUACUCGGUUAUUGCCCUCAUCAUGGGCCAUUACGGCGGAGGCCUCCAUAUCUACGAUGUACCCAUCAGCCAUCGCAUUCCCUUCCAAAAGACCGUCUACGUGACGAUGGUGAUGUACGGCCCGACGGCAUUCCUCACCAAAGUGUCGCUCCUCUGGAUCAUGACGCGCGUCUUCAAGCCCUUCCACAGGUCCGUCAUCUUCAUCUACGUCUUCCUCGCCGUCAUGCUGGCCUACUACAUCCCCGCCGUCAUCGUCAAGAUCCGCAUCUGCAACCCCAUCUCCAAGUUCUGGGCCCCCGACACCCCCGGCUCCUGCCUCGACCAGACCUCCAUCAUCCUCGCCGACGCCGUCGUCAGCGUCGUCAGCGACAUGAUCAUCCUUCUGCUGCCGCUGCCCCUGACCCUGCGUCUGCAACUCCCGUGGAAGAAGAAGAUGCGCGUCAUGGGCAUCCUGGGCGCGGGGGGCUUGGCCUGCGCGUCGAGCAUUAUUCGUCUGGUUCUGAUCGUCGUGAAUGAGCAGGCUGAGGACGCUACGGUCUCUUUCAUGAGAGUUAAUAUGUGCGGCAACGCCGAAAUCGCCAUCGGCAUCGUCUGCGCCUGUCUCCCCGCCCUCUCCGCCCUCGUCACACACAUCUACCACGAAUACUCGAACUCCGGCGCCACGCACAGCUCCGCGCAGGAGCUCAGCUUCGGCAUGGGUCUGGGGAUGGGGAUGGGGAAACACCGCAGUCACAGCCGCGAUCGCGACCACGACAGUCGAAGCCCGCGGCUCAAGGGACCGCUGAAACUGAGAGAGACGGACUCCGAUCAGGAUAUUCUCAUGCAGGAUGUGCAGCGGCAGCCGCGCUUUGAGACGACGGUGCUGGGGGACGCGUGUCAGGUCCAGGUCGAGACGGGGGGGAUCUUGAAGACGGUGGAUGUGUCGACGGAGGAGGAGUUUGGAGGGAGUGUUCGGGACUACAGAAUGUACAUCCAAGCUAUUGAAAUGCACGAGCUGUUGAUGCAAUAG